UCUGCUGCUGAAAGCAACAUACCUCCUCUCUUCUCCUGUCCUCACCUCUCUCCUCCUCGCAGAUAGUGUGCGCACAUUGUCACAAGUUCGCCCCAGAGAUGCGUAACUCGCACAGCAAGCGGAGGACAGUCAAUGGAUAGACAGGAAAGGGGAAAACAGGGAGAGGACGGAGCAACGUUUGGAUUCUCUUGAACGCAUUCGAUUUCAAGUGGCAGAGUUUUGCCGACUCUUUAUAGUUUAAAAAUCGUCUUGGACAUGGACUGUUUCUUUGGUUCGUUUGAAACUCUCGGAGGUAUCUUUAAAGUUUGCAAGGAUAAAAAGUGCGAUGAAGUCAGUGACAGGUUACUUCAGUUUAACUCGUCCCGUUUGGAUACAUGAAGCAUAGGAGCGCACUGGUUGAAAGCCCCGAAACGUUGGGGAAACUGUCCUGAGACACAACAGAGUUUUUUUGUGUCUUUUUUGUUGUUGUUUGCAAGAGAGGAUUAAAAGAGAACACACUCGGCACAGGAAAUAACAUUUGGGAAUUUCUUUCAUUGCCAACUCCAAAAGGAUUUAUAGUUGUUCUUCAAACCACAUAUGCGCAGUCUCUUAGGUCAAUCAGAGGUGGAAAACGCAGUUUGGUCACGAUGAGACAGUCGAUGGCACCGACGCGAUAGUGAUCUGAAAGUUGGAACAGGACAGAAAUAAAAAAGAAGAUAAAAUAAUAAAUAAUAAACUCCCUGUUUGUCCAUUUUGUGAACAUUCCCACUGGCUUUUACCCGACAGGAAGGUAUGGAGAUGGUCGGGAGACGGACAGGCGCGCCGGUUGGAUGUUACCUCUGGAAGGCAGUUGUAAUUCUCUUCCUGUGGAAAGUGUCUGACAGCCCAUUAGGAGCAGCAGGGGGUGGACAAGGCACUGGGCCGGACUUUUUACAGCCUCGUUUCUCCUCUUCCCUCCCGACCUAUCUCCCAGUCCAAUGCCAGCUAAAUGGUGCUGACUCCGCCUUUUUCUUGCGGGAAGCUAAUCAGGAGGUCAUGCGAAAUGGUAGCCUGUCAUCACGGACUGAGCCCUUCUUUCUUCACCAGCUGGAGCCAGGCGUUGCUGCUCCACAGUCCCUGCCGAGUGUCAAUUGCACCUACGGAAAUCUGAGCAUUGAGCAGCUGAUCCCAACGGAGCUUCUUCAAGGUCCUCAGCCACAUUUGCUGACCACAGUCAGUCAGGUGACGAUGAACUGGAGGGUCAAAGGUCAAUUGGUGGUCCCUAAAGUGGGGUCAAUGAGACCAUGGAUUCAGGUACUGUUUUAUCUGAUUGGGCGGCGCUGGGAUGAGCCUGACCCACUUCCUCCAUCCAUUCUCCCAUGUGUUCGCGCCUUGGCCGUACGUGACACCACUGAAGCAGCACCUUCAGCAGGCUGUCGUCUCAUUGGACCAUCUGGCAUCUGUGUGGUCCGUUUGGAGAUUCCACCAGCUUGGUUUACACCAUCACAAGUGAGAAAAAGACCUGAUGUGUCUCUACAAUCAGUGGAUGUAUACUACUCAAUCAUACCAGUUGAAGGGGCUGGCCAAGAGUGUCCCUCCAUUGUGAAUGAGCCAUGGAAAGCUCAGAGUUCAAAUGUCGGACCUCCUGGAGGCCUGGGUAUUGGUCUGGGAGGACAGUGGAGUACCUUGGAGGAAGGAGGUCUUCAGGACAUGCUGAAAGCUGGUACUGUAGAGAUGAUCACGGGCCUAGUUUCUGCUAAGGGAGAAAGAUUGCCAUUAGAUGAAAGCCUGGAGGUUCUUGUCCCACCAAGUCCGGUUCGGCUUGGCAAAACAGUGACAUUUGGCAUCUACAUGAAGACAGAAUCAAAACUAGAACAGUUCACAUUGAGGGUGUGGUUCCAGUCAGGUAUCAACUUCCUCACUGUGAAACCCAGCAACCUCGUCGCGUGGGAGAUCAAACAGGAAAUGGCACCGGGAAGCAGUUCAUUGGCAGUGAUUUGUCAGAGAAAGGCCUCCUCCACAGCUGAGAGAUUGGAGAGUCCCUCAUAUGAGGUGAUGCAGCUGGACUUUGAGGUUGAUAACGUGAUUAAUCUGGUGCCAACACAAACUCUGCACUGGACUGUGGAAUAUCCCGCUAACUUACAGACAGCUUCAAGGCAAACAGAAAAGGUUUCCCACCUCUACAUUAGCAAUGCCGACAUCCAGGGCAUUGUGCCACUGGCAGAGGACACAGAGGUAGUGAACACGGCCAUUCUCACAGGUAGACGUGUAGCAGUGCCUAUUAAAGUGGUUACAGUGGAAACAGAUGGGCAGGUGAGGGAGGUGGAUGAAUCGGUCACCUGCAGCUCGACAGAUGUGGAUGUGGUUAAGGUGUCCUCAAAAUGCGAUCAGGUAUUGGUGAAUGGCAAGGAAAUGCGGGGUAGACAGUCCUUGGCAGUCAACUUCACCUACCUCCACCUGUCUGCUCAACUGCUGCUCACUGUCUGGGUUCCCAAGCUACCCCUGCAGAUAGAUGUGUCAGAUACCGAGCUGAGUCAGGUUAAAGGCUGGAGGGUGCCGAUCACCACCAACAAGAGACCCACCAGAGACAGUGAAGAUGAUGAAGAUGAUGACAGAAAGGGUAAAGGCUGCACCCUACAGUACCAGUAUGCUCUGGUGCGAGUCCUCACGUAUUUUGUUGCCGAACCAUCUGACCCCGGAGGGGAGAUGGUCUACAUGUUGGGUACUGACUGGCAAGCUGAUAUCACUCCUUUGGUCUUUGACCAAUUGAAGGUAGAAGAUCCUCGCAUUGCCAGGCUUGUAGAUGGGCAUAUUUUAAUAGGACGGGACCUUGGCAUCACUACUAUACAAGUUUUGUCCCCUCUGUCUGAUUCUAUCCUGGCAGAGAAGACUGUGACAGUGCUGGAUGACAAGGUAACAAUAACAGACCUGGGAGUCCAGCUGGUUGCAUCUUUGUCUCUCAGUAUGACUGCAAGUCCUGGAAAUUACCAAGCUAUACAGCUAACAACCACAGCCACAGACCUGCUUCACACACGUAAACAGGAAGCUGUAGUGAGUGCGUGGAUUCAUUACAGUGAUGGCUCAGUGACACCUCUUGAUAUCUAUGAUCCCAAGGAUUUUCUUCUCUCAGCUGUCUCAUUGGAUGAGAACAUCAUCUCUGUAACCAACCAGGAGCAGCACGGGCCAAUUAUAGUUGCUGAGGGUGAUGGACAAGGCCCGCUGUUUCGUGUGGAGAUGGUCAUUUCUGAGACUUGCCAGAAGUCCAAGAGAAAGAGUGUGCUCGCAUCUGGAGUUGGUAAUGUGGUAGUUAAGUUUGGAGCAAACAACGAGGAGAGGGGUAUACCGGAGGAUGGCGGAGGGUUGGAAAACAGCACCAGUGACCAAAGCACAAAUAACGGAGGAGAAUGGAAUUCCAAGAGUGUGGCUGUAGACCGAGAGGAAGGAGCCAUGAGGAAGGUUAGCACAACAACUAAAAGCACAGUUAUCCACCGUGCUUCAGGUGGAAGAGCCGCCAGUGGUCAUGGAGGGGACUAUAGUAAGAACCCUGUACAAGUGGAGGUUACAGGAACUGGGAACGGUGAGCUGACCCAGACCACAAGAGGCCUGUCAGACCUUGAAAUUGGGAUGUAUGCUCUUCUCGGAGUAUUCUGUCUGGCAAUACUGGUCUUCCUCAUCAACUGUGUCAGCUUUGCAUUCAGGUAUCGUCACAAGCAGGUGCCUGUACUGGAAGCAGGCGGUAACAUGAACCAUGCCCAUGACUGGGUGUGGCUUGGCACUGAGGGUGACCUUUUGGCUGACCAUGCAGACCAAUGCCAGGGCCUACCAGAUGAAUGCACUACCAUCAUUGACAGAAACGAAGGAGGAUAUGAGGAGAGCAAGUACCUUCUUAAUGGUGUUGGAAACACUUUGGUCAUGGGUGUAGGCACUGGCAUGGGCACAAUAAGAGGGGGAGGUGGCACAGGUGGACUUCGGGGAAUGGCCCAUGGACAGACCUUGCCAAGGUCUAUCCCAGAACCCCAUCAGUGCCUUUCUGCAAUCACUACUGGUGGCAAAGUUGCCACUGGGCAAACAGAGCAUCUGAAUAACUCUCCCAGAGCUGCUGCAGCAGCUGCAGUUGCCGCUGCCAAACGCAAACGAGUCAAAUUCACAUCCUUUGCCACUGUUUUGCCCAAUGAUAAUUCAAGUGGUGGUGGCCCAUAUGUUAAUUCCUCAGUUCUUGUGACCAAUGGGAAUGAGGAUGACAUCAAAUGGGUGUGCCAGGAUAUGGACCUGGGUCAGUCUGAAAUCAGAACCUACAUGGAGAGGCUACAAGACAAUCUGUGACAGGCUGGGAAAGAAACUAAGCAAUAGAAAGGCAGAGGAUAUGUGCUGGAGAAAAGAUGGACGACGAGUACAAUUCACCUGUGAUGCCUUUGCAGUGGAUUAAUCAAGAGUCAAGUGAACGGAAUAAUGUGAGAGCACUAAACAGAAAAAAGUAUAACAUGAAGGUUUUGGACACAGCUUAAGGGUUGCUUAUCUUUGGCUUCCCUAAAGCAAGUCAAAGUAUAAAGUCAUCACUAGUUCACACUAAAAGUAACAGUAGCAAACAAUAAGUAACAUUGAGAGUUUGUUUUGUGUUACUUAUUGUGAAAAUCAUAGUGUAAAAAUCAAUAAUGGUAACUAUUGGGUUAUGAGUGUUUACUUUCAGAAAACCAGUAAACAACUGUAUUCAUAUGUUAUCGAUUCAAUGGACAAACUUUUGUAAGCCACUAUACAUUUGAACAAAGAUGUUGAGUAACUCUGAUCUUGCAAUGACGUCAAGUCUUUUUUUUUACUCAUUAUUUAUUGCCAUUGUUGGCAAUGGCUGUUGAGUAGAUAUUCUGUUUUAAAAUAUAAGCAGUUUUUCUGUCAGGACUGCUGAAUGGUUAACCAACCAUUAACUAAAAUCUCGGUUGUUGAUUUAUCAUUUCCCCAAUUUCAUUUUGGUGUAACUCAUGAGCAUAAUGUGAGUUAUGACAUAUAUAAAUGUAUUUUAGGUAUUCAACACUAAAUGGUAAAUUUUAUAUAGCACCUUUCCAGUCAUACAGACCGCUCAAAGCGCUUUACACUAGAGCCACAUUCACCCAAUCGCACUCACUAACGCUCACACAUUCAUACACCGAUACGCAGAUCGGUAGGCAAUUUGAGGUUAAGUGCCUUGCCCAGGGGCACAUCGACAUACAGCAGGAGGAAGCUGGAAUCGAACCCACAACCUUCCGAUUGCAAGACGACUACUCUUCCCACAGUCGCCUCCACAAAAUUUUCUUAUUUUGGAGUCAGUAAAUGGGAAAAAUCUGCCCUUUAUUCACGCCAUCACACUAUUUCCACAAAGACCAACUAUGAGAAUUUAAAGAGGACAAGCCACGAGAAAGACUGUUUCAUCCUUGAGUCCAAAACAUGGGUUUUAUUCUUGCACAAUUAAAAAUAAGAAAAGACACAGGACAUUUUUUAACAGGCCUCAUGCACCCAGUGACCAUCAGGCCAUCACAAACAAUGGCAACAUCCCCUUGUCUCUCUCCUCAUCUGUUAUUAAACAGCUGUGUGACCCAGAACAAAUAAUGGAAUAUGAUCAGAUACAUUCUGCAAUCCAAAAGAGGGCAAAGUGAAAAGGAAAGGGCUUGGACUUUGCAAAACCUGGCUAAAAACUUGAUGAGGACUUACAAUGAAGAGCCAGGCAGAAAGGAGUUUGUGCAGUACAUGGAAUUAUCAGGACGAAACGAAUGACAUUACAGUGUGACUGAAAAAGAACAACUAAUAGAAAUGGCCUAAAACAAAUAUAGGAAAAAUCCUUUUCAUGUUUUCAUAAAAAUAUUUUUCCUUCUGUUUCUACUUUUUGAUAAAUGUUUCAUUAUGUUUUCUCUUGUUUUUCAAAGUGAAGAAAAAAUUCAAAUUGUAGCUUUUAAUUUUAGAUGUUUAUUAAGAUUUUAAGAAUAUAUUAUUCUUUCCUUUUAGACACUGUUUCUAUUUAUUUAAAAUUGACAUUUGAGAGGGUGAGGAAGGAAAGAAAUGCCAAGGACAAAGACCGCGAGUAAUGGACAGUAUCUUGGUGAAUGAUAGCACAUCAAAGAAUAAGAUAGGAAGACAGAGCAGGCAGAGGUUGCCUCACCUUCGUUACGCUCAGGUGACCAGUCAUGAAGAAUCCGACAACAAAAAGGAGAACUGUAAGAUUGUUUAGAUUGCAAUAUUUAUUUAUAAACAUGUUAUCGUUUCAGAGUACACUGUAUGUUGUAAAUAAAUAAACAUGCUUUAAAGUGCUUGUGAAUAAGAUUGGAGGUCACUACCCAACAAAUUGGAGAUAUUUUGUACAUUUUAUGGUGCAAAUGACAGUACAGAAUAUUAUCUACAGUUUCACCACAAUGUAAAAAUGAUCCUAAUGGUUCUUUUUUCUAAAGUUGUGCCUGUCUGUGUUUGAAGUAUUGAACUAAUUCUUGCCUUUGUACAGGAUAGGAAUCAUUUUUCUCCUAUAAUGAGAUGUAAAAAUGGAGGCACUCCAUCAAACGUUAUACUUAUUGUCUCUUAAGAAUAUUGUGCCUGCAAGGUCCAUUUCAUGAAGAAAACAAAACCAAAUGUUACAAUGUUCAUCAGUGGGCACCAAGGGAUCUCUCUUUUUAUCUAUUUGAUGGUGAAUAAACAUUAUACUUUCACAUUAAUCACUGAAAUUACAACCUAAAGUACUGGAUUUUAAAACGGCAAGAAUUGUGAAAAAAACCUAAACUUGAUGAAAAAGCAACUAAAAUGGGCUGGGGAGCCUACACCAAAGCAAUACAUAUUUUGACUGAUUGCUAUCUUGUAUAGUCUGGACACAUUACUGUAUCUAGCAUACUCAAAAAUAAAAAGUCUGCUGUGAUGAAAAAGAAAAAGUCCAACAAGUUUAAGUUAACAGUUGCUGAUGGUUCAGUUGUUGCAUUAUUUUUUUUUUCAGAUGGAAAAACCUUUUUGACAUUAAAAAUACUGUGAGAAUAAUCACAUUUUAAAGCCUUCUUCACCUACUGUAUCUGUUUUGAACAUCAAAAUUAUUUAAAUGCAAACCACAAAAAUUCAUGGGGAUUUUCAAGAGAAUAUGUUGAGGUUAUUUAUGCUUUUGUUUAAAUCUGCCAAAAUGCAGAUAAACUAUAUGCAGCCUGAAAAGUAAGAAAGGGAUUCAAAGUUGAAAGGUUUGCUUAGGCCUCCAUCAUAUGGAUGCCCAACUGUCUGUAGCACCUCCAUGACCAUUUCAGUGUGAAGGCAAUCAUGACACGACUGUGCCCUUUUGCAUUGGCAAAACAAGUUUUUCAUCUUAUCCUUGUCCCUCUCCUUCCACUUCUUUAGUAAUCACAAUGUCUAUACAUUUUUAAAAGUUUUUUGUCUAAAGGUGAUUUUUUAAUGUGUUUUAAGAUCUAAAUUUAGUCCCUAUCUAAUCUUAGACUGAACAGUGAGAGUGUGUUAGUUUCAAACUAAGGAACCUCCUGAUAAUAAUCGCAGCGUCAUCACCAGGUGAAAUAUUUAAUUAUACGUUAUACAAUGCACAGAUAAGACAUAGGUACAGGACUCUCGGCAAAGGCUAAUGGUUUAGUUGUUGUAUUAAUUAGUAGUUCACAUCUUUUUUAUAAACUAUAAAGCCCUGUGCAAAUUUCAAGACAACUUUUGUACUUCUCAGAUCGUUUUGCCUGAAAUAAUACAAAAUAAAUUAUAAAAUUCUCUGUGUUUUGCUCUAACUCAGAACACAA